AUGUCGAAAGAAGUGUUUCCAUUAUGGUUGGAAGAUUUAUCGGAGAGAAUUGGUAGUUCUCGAAAUAUAUCAACACGUUCUCGAAGAAAUCGAAGAAUAUCAAAUGCAAAAAGUGCACGUUUUAGGCCAAUUGAGCCUGCAGUGCUUAUGGAUAUAUCACCAACAUUAUCUCUAUCUCCAACAAUAUCUAAUAGAACAAAUGAUUUAUUUGAUUUGCUUGAUGAAGGCAUAGAUACACAAACACAGCGUAGGGAAAAUUCUGCACGAUAUGGCCGGCGAGCUAUAUCUAAUGUUAAAAAUAUAUCUAAUCAAACUUUACAUUUUGUUCCUGAUGAAAUAAUAUUAUCUAAGAAACCAACUAACCAAGUUAACGAAGAUUUUCUUGAACAGUCUUGGACAUCUUUAAACUUUUUUAAUCGCAAACAAAAAGGAAGACUUACUAGCAAACGGCAAGAUCGUAAAACACCAAUGAGCUUUGGUGUAGAAUCUGAAUUUAACACACACAUUCCAAAAAAUGAAUCUCAAUCACAUACACCUUUUGUAAUACCUGAACUACCAUCUGGAUCAACAUUAAAAUUGGAUAUAACCAGCACUUGGGGUGAUCAACAUUAUAUUGGCCUUAAUGGCUUAGAAAUUUUUAACAAUGAAGGCCAAUUAGUAAAUAUUUUAAAAAUUUGGGCUGAUCCAUCAGACAUAAAUGUCUUACCAGAAUAUACAUCAGAUCCUCGAGUUAUACACAAUUUGAUAGAUGGGAUCAAUCGAACAAGAGAUGAUAUGCAUUUAUGGCUAACUCCAUUUACUCCAGGUGCUCAUCAUUUUAUUUAUUUGGAAUUUGAUGAUGUGCAUACAGUAGCUAUGAUCAGAAUAUGGAACUACAACAAAUCAAGAAUCCAUUCUUAUAGAGGUGCCAAAGACUUAAAAAUGUAUCUUAACUCAGAGUUAAUAUUUCAAGGGGAAAUUGCUAGAGCAUCUGGUGGAAUUGUAGGAUGUACAGAUGCAUUUGGUGAUACAAUACUGUACACAUUAGACGAAGAUAUAUUAGAAAAUAUUGCACAAAACGAUACUUCAUAUUCAAUAUUAUUAGAAGCCAACAAUACAGUUGAUUCAAUUUCAGUUGAACCACAACAACGCCCUCUUACAGCUGAUACUGGAAUUAUCAGACCUUUAACAUGUGCACAACCAAUUGUCACAAAUAUAUCUUCAGAUUUGUCUGAAUCUAACUCAAAAACUCAAUAUCAAAUAACUGGAUCAGUAUUAUGCCAACAAUCAUUGACUAUUACUGUUAUUUCAACUUGGAAUUCAUUAGAUAAUUCAGAAUCAAUGAAUACUUUUAAUGUUGUUGGAUUGCUGGGACUAGAAGUAUUAGGGGAGACUGGUGAUGUAGUUAAAAUUGACAGUAUAAAAUGUAAUACUGAUACAUCUAAUGUAGACAAACUAUUGGAAUGCCAUAUUACCGAUAAAGAUUGUGAUAUGUGGACUUGUGAGUUACCAGAUGAGCCUUUAACUUUAACACUCAACUUUUUAGCACCAGUCCAUCUAUCAGCAUUGGUUAUAUGGAACUAUAAUGGAUCGAUAGAAAGCUUAGACUGUGGAGUAAAAUUUAUAAAACUGAAUAUUGAUGAUCGAGAAUUGGUUGAAAGAGGUACAGUUCAAGUAAGACGUGGUCCUGGACAUUGCCGAUAUAAUUUUGGUCAAAAAAUUCCUUUACUUCCAAAGCAUUGUCCCGCUCGAUCUAAAGAAUUUGCAACAGUAAAUCCUAAACAACAUAUAAGAUUAAAUAAUCCAGAUUAUGAGCAUGUAACAAUUCCAGUUGGUUUUGUUUACCAAAUUGCUUUAUUAUCAACUUGGGGUGAUCAAUACUAUAUUGGUUUGAAUGGUAUCCAGUUAUUUGAUAAAUUGGGACAAAUUAUAAAUUUGGAGCCUAAAAGUAUUAGUUGUUGGCCAAGCAGUGUAAAUAUACUACAAAGUAAUAAAAAUGAUAUUCGUACACCUGAAAAUCUUUUAGAUGGGAUCAAUGAUACUAUGGACGGCGCUCAUAUGUGGUUGGCUCCAAUUUUACCUUCAGAGGUUACCAAAAUUUAUAUUGUUUUUGAUGAACCAACUUAUGUUUCCAUGUUCAAAAUUUGGAAUUAUGCAAAAACUCCUUUAAGAGGAGUUAAAGAAUUUGCUAUUUUAGUUGAUGAUCUGCUUGUUUAUAAUGGGAUUUUAGAAUGUUUCAAAACCACAUCAACCUUAAACCAGUAUUCCACUGUGAUAUUUGAUAUCUCUAAAGAGCAAAAUGAUGCUAUUUUUGAACUGUCAACUGCAAAUGAAUUGAAUAGUUUGAAUAUUGAAGGAAUGUUAUUAGAUAAUGUUGUUGACCAGUCACAAAGACCAUUUACAUCAAUGUUACCAUCUUCAAGAUUAAUAAAUUAA